AUGAACAUGGAAGGAGAAUUAACUAAACUGCCAGCUGGAACGACGAUAACGAAGAUCAUCGAGUCGCCGAUAACAGUACCAAACCCCAGGAACAUUCAAUCGACAGUGCCUCACGUGACGGUCACCGCGAUACCCGGACAGUCAAAGUACGUCCAGCUGCUGAACGUGAUCGAGGAGCUGGGGAGAGACAUUCGUCCGACCUACGCAGGAAGCAGAAGUUCCGCUGAACGCAUUAAGCGCGGUCUCGUUCACGCCCGCUUGCUAGUCAGAGACUGUCUUCAUGAGACUGAACGAAGUGCUCGCCAAUAA